AUGGCGAACCGGCUGUCCAUGUUCUCCAUGGCCUCGGAGGCUCGAGCUGGCGGACCGCAGGCCACCCAGGUCACGACAACCACCUUGCUCAACGCCAUCCACAACAUCUAUCUCUCAUCACAGCCGCACCAGCUAGACGCCAGCACCAGCGCCGUUGUCAACACCUGGCUGACGGCCGCCCAAGGCGGUCCUGCUGUUGAUGCUACUCUCGCGUCGCGGGCUUGGGAACAUGCCAGGCGACGUGCCGAGGACGGCUGCAUCAUCUUGGGUUCUCUGCAUCAAUCGACCCCUUCCCUUCUCGUCCCUUUCUUGUCGUCGUUCCCGUUUGCGAUUCCAUCUAGCGUCUACAAGGCUCUGGAGGCCCUUCAGCCGCUUCUUCGAUGUGUCACUCCGCAGAACCCGUCAGCCCCAAAGCAAGCUGGCCUCGGUGUGACUCUGGCCCUGAACCUCGCUGGCAACAUUACUGGAGCUACACUAGCCCUCUCACAAGGCGGAAUUGACACCUCUGCCGGCCUGCUCGACAUUCCUGCUGAGGCGGGCUAUCGCGCCUUUGAUGUCUUCUACUACCUGUUAACCUCGGCCUCAACACCAGCUGAGAGGGAAUUUUUGAGCCUCAAAUCAGCAUCUGCCUACACACUCCUUUCUCGUUCUGGCACAUACGACCCGCCAUCAUAUCUGCCCACUGCUGAUGAUUCUGCAUCGGCUGAUGACUUUCGCCAGGCCCUCAAAGACAUUGGCAUCAAAGGUUCAGCUCACCGGAAUUUCAUUUCCACUCUCGCCGGCCUGCUCAAGCUUGGCGAUACCCUUGAUUACAGCAUUGAAUCUGAGGCGUUGGAAGAGAUUGGUGAGGAUGUCGGCGGCCUGCUCGGAAUCGAUCCCGAGGUCGUCCUUCGUCACUGCAGCACAGAGGACCGCAAAACUUUGGUUGGCGGGCUAUACGAAUCCCUUGUUGACUGGGUCAUCUCCAAGGCCAAUGAUGCCAUUGCCGCACAGCUGACCCGCAUCAAGGAUGGUGACGAGUCUCUGGACGGUCAUGGUGUCCGUACUCCCACUUCAAACGAAGAUAAUGGAGAUACUGUCUCCAUUACCGUUCUUGAGGUGCCAGACCCAGCUCUUGGCAGGGCACUCUGCAUGCGUUCCGUCUUCGAUGAUACGCAAGGCAUCAAUGCCGAAAUGAUUGGCGAUGGCUUCGAGAUUCCUUCAGCCGGUUCAUCUAUUCUGAGAGAAGUCCAACAGGCUGUAUCUGAAGUAGCACCGGACUUGGGAGUUAUGAAUGGCCCACAAGGACGUGAGCGACAGCAUGAGCUGGAGAAGAGGGAAGUUAUCCUGGAGAAGGCUGCUUAUGGCGCAGACGAGGGUAGUUUUCUGAAGAAGCUGCUCUUCCCCGUCGAAGGCCAAGGCAUCAACCUGGGCAGAGCUGGCCGUAUUGAUCUCCCCACAAUGCUUAGCUCCAACCGCAUGUGGUAUCAUCUCUGCUUGCACCCAACCGAUGAUUCCCCUGCCAGCCUAGCCGCGCUACCCUCCAUUACGUCUGCUUGGUCGGCCGGCACUGUCUCUCGACAGCUUCGCUCCUGGAGGCUGCCAGAAUGGGCCAACCGCCGGCAUAGAAAUCUCGACUUUACUGCCGACUUUGACGUUGAUGAGUUCGUGCACCGCUAUGCUCCUCUGGGCUGCAGGGAUGGGCGAGAAGGCAUCGAGACAUGGAUGCUGGAGCGUGGUUGGAGCAACGGUGAAGUCUUCAUCGGCAAGGAACGGGUCUGGAUUCGCGAAAAUGCAUGGUGGGAGGCCGAGAGCAUGCUUGAUGUCAAGCCAGGCGAUGAACUGCAUCCCAUCCACAGCAACCCCUUCAAUAGUGGCUUUGAUACUGGCUAUUCGGGGACUGGCAGCGGCUACUUCCCACCGACCGGCCUGGACAAUGGAGUCGGCUCCAGCCGUGACGCACUGGCUCACAACCGCGGCAUGAGCCAAAGCAACAUGAGCCAAUUCACGCUCGGUCACAACCAGGCGCCGCAUGCCGCGCCAUCCAUCCACCCAUCCAUUGCACCUACUAUGCGCAAUGGUGACUAUGGUCUGGGUAACAAGGGAGACCUGUAUAGGAAUGACGGUUUCUAUAACGCAGAGGCCGCUGCCCUCGAUCCCGAGCUAGCUGAAAACAAACAGAUUGAGACAAAGGAGGUCGACAACGCCCGUCGAGCCUGGGUCUGGUUCUGCUGGGCCAUGACAUGGUGGAUUCCUUCCUUCUUGCUCCGCUGGCCUGGUGGCAUGAAACGCCCCGAUGUCCGCAUGGCCUGGCGCGAAAAGUUCACGCUGUGCAUGUUGAUUGUCCUCGUCAACGGUAUCAUCGUUUUUUGGAUUGUCGGAUUCGGACGUGUUCUUUGCCCUAACAUGGACAAGGCUUGGAACCGUAAGCAGGUUGGCUUCCACCAAGGCGAAAACGAUUACUAUGUCAGUAUCCAUGGAAGCGUCUAUGAUCUCACCAAAUUUUGGAAGCAACAGCACAGUGACACCGCCAUCAAGACCACUUCUGACGUCAUGUUGCCCUUGGCUGGUCUCGAUUUGGACGAUUACUUCAUUCCUCCCUUGAACGUAGCCUGCCCAGGUCUUGGUAUUUCAGAUGCCUUUCAGCUAUCCCUCAACAACACCGUCCUAUACCCAACAGCUGUGCAUACUUCAGGCCACUUCCAACCUGAUCCUACUACUAAGCUGCACGACGAGAAUUGGUACUUUAACGUCUUUGAGCCAGCUAUCGAGGAAUACUACAAGGGAGAAUUGGUUUACACCAAAAAUGAUGUUGCGAAAGAAGGCAAUAACGAGCAAAGGAUGUGGGCCAUGUAUGGCAACAAAAUCUACGAUCUGACCAACUAUUUCUCGACCCUCGCUGUUUAUGAUAACAGUAAACAGUCCGUGUUCCUCAACAAGGACAUCACCGAUCUAUGGGCCAACAAUCCUGGAACCGAUAUCCAGAGCAAACUCGACAUUCUCCUCAACGAUCCCAACAACAACAGCACCGUACACGCCAAUCUUGAAAACAGCUGGUUUUGCAUACAACGGCUUUUCUUGAAAGGCUACACUGAUUUCCGCGUAACCCCCCGAUGCACAGUGAACAACUGGAUUCUUCUCUCCUUUACCAUUGUUCUGUGUGUUGUCAUUGGGCUCAAGUUCGUGUCCGCCCUCCAAUUUGGCGGCAAGCGACGCCCUUCUCCUCAAGACAAAUUUGUCAUCUGCCAAGUCCCUGCCUACACAGAAGGUGAAGACUCGUUGCGAAAAGCACUCGACUCGUUGACGGCCUUGCAAUACGAUAAUAAGCGCAAGCUCAUCUGCAUCAUCUGUGACGGCAUGGUUGUCGGAGGAGGUAAUGAUCGGCCUACGCCCAAGAUUGUUUUGGACAUCCUGGGUGUCGACCCCAAAGUUGACCCUCCGGCUCUUCCAUUCAAAGCUGUGGGUGCUGGCGGUGAUCAGCUUAACUACGGGAAAGUCUAUUCUGGCCUUUACGAGUACGAAGGCAAUGUUGUUCCAUAUCUGGUCGUUAUCAAAGUCGGUCGAGAGGCAGAACAAAGGAAGUCAAAGCCCGGUAACCGUGGAAAACGUGAUUCCCAGAUUCUUCUUAUGAGCUUCCUUAACCGUGUACACCAUCGCUCUCCCAUGAACCCGCUCGAGCUGGAAAUGUUCAAUCAGAUCAACAAUGUCAUUGGCGUGGACCCUGAGCUGUACGAAUACCUGCUCAUGGUUGAUGCCGAUACGUGUGUCCAGGAAGACUCCUUGAACAGAUUGGUUGCAGCUUGCGCUCAUAACGCAAAGAUUGCCGGUAUAUGCGGUGAGACCAGUCUCGAGAAUGACCAAAAGUCCUGGUGGACAAUGAUUCAGGUCUAUGAAUACUAUAUCUCUCAUCAUAUGGCGAAGGCUUUCGAGUCUUUGUUUGGUAGCGUUACUUGUUUGCCCGGAUGUUUCACCAUGUAUCGUCUUAGAACAGCAGAAAAGGGCAAGCCUCUAAUCAUUUCUGAUGCUGUCAUCCGGGAUUAUAGUGUUUGCGACGUCGAUACACUUCACCAGAAGAAUCUUCUCUCUCUGGGUGAGGAUCGAUUCUUGACAACGUUGAUGACAAAGCACUUUCCUUCUAUGCAAUAUAAGUUCUUGCCGCAUGCUCAGUGCAAGACGGCUGCUCCAGAAUCGUGGAGCGUUCUCUUGUCCCAGCGUCGUCGAUGGAUCAACUCCACCAUCCACAACUUGGUUGAGCUUAUGCGAUUGAAGGAUAUGUGUGGCUUCUGUUUCUUCGGCAUGCGCUUCAUUGUCUUCAUGGAUCUCUUCGGUACCAUCAUUCUUCCUGCGACGUGCGCUUACCUUGGCUACAUGAUCUACAGCGUGGCGACACACCCGACCUCGUUCCCACUGUGGUCCAUUGUCAUCUUGGCUGCCGUUUAUGGUCUUCAGGCGCUCAUCUUCCUCUUAAAGAGGCAAUGGCAGCACAUUGGAUGGAUGAUUAUCUAUAUCCUCGCAUACCCCAUUUACUCGUUUGCCCUUCCGGUGUACUCCUUCUGGAACCAAGACAAUUUCUCCUGGGGUAACACUCGUGUCGUUAUUGGAGAGAAGGGCAACAAGCAAGUGAUUGCUGUAGAUGACGAAGGCUUUAAUCCGGCGACUGUCCCUCUACAGCUCUGGGAUGAAUAUGCUCUGACCAACAAUCUUCCAGGCCGCCGUGGCAACUACAAUUAUCAGGAGAAGCAAGACUUUGGCUACAAUGAGCAGUACGAGAUGGACGAAAUGAAAUCCGUCUACUCUGCCGGUCCUCAAGGCUCGGUCCUCACUGGUAUGCACGGACGCAACACAUACAUGCCUCCCCAGUCUCCUGCACCUUUCGCCGCCAGCCAUAUCGGCGAUCCAUCAUAUAUGCACCGCCAGUCAAUGAUGUCCAUGGGCACUGCGGUUCAGGAUCGCAGCCAGUCACCGUAUUCUGACUUCCCCCAGCGUACUAGCGUGAUGCAUACCCGAGGUCCGUCCAACCUGACUCCAUCGCCAGGCUUGUCUCCAGGCUUGUCCCCAGGCUUCGGUGGCAUGAACCGCUCGUCUUCUGCCAUGAGCUUUGGUCGAGGCCAUGAGGCCACGCGGUCAACAACUUCGUUUGAUUUCCACGGUGCAGCCGGCGGCAUCAUGUCAUCAGAUGCUGCCAUCGUCGAGGCUAUCCAAAGCGUUCUGCAAGGCGUUGACCUGGACACCGUGACUAAGAAGCAGGUUCGUGCCCUUGUUGAACAGCGCCUGCAAACGGAGCUUGUUGGCGAGCGUCGCACGUUUGUAGACAAGCAAAUCGACCGUGAGUUGGAGAAUAUGUAA